AUACUUGGUAAGGGGCCUGCAUGGGCACAGCACCCACCCCCCCGUGACUCCCCACACACCCCAGCCACCCAGCCACUGGCCAAUGGGCUUCUGGGAAGAUCAAAUGUCACUAUAACACGAGUCCCGGAGCCGGGCGCCAGUGCCUGCAGCCGGUCCUGUCCACAGGGAGCUCCAGCGCUUCUCACACGAGACCCACAGAAACCACCCACCUUCACCAUGUCUGACGAGGAAGUUGAACAGGUGGAGGAGCAGUACGAAGAAGAAGAGGAAGCCCAGGAGGAAGCUGCAGAAGUCCAUGAGGAAGUUCAUGAGCCAGAGGAAGUUCAAGAAGAGGAGAAGCCAAGACCCAAACUCACUGCUCCUAAGAUCCCAGAAGGGGAGAAGGUGGACUUCGAUGAUAUCCAGAAGAAGCGUCAGAACAAAGACCUCAUGGAGCUCCAGGCCCUCAUCGACAGCCAUUUUGAAGCCCGGAAGAAGGAGGAAGAGGAGCUGAUCGCUCUCAAAGAGAGAAUCGAGAAGCGCCGUGCGGAGAGAGCAGAGCAGCAGAGGAUUCGUGCAGAGAAGGAGAGGGAGCGCCAGAACAGACUGGCAGAGGAAAAGGCCAGAAGGGAGGAGGAGGACGCCAAGAGGAGGGCAGAGGACGACCUGAAGAAGAAGAAGGCCCUGUCUUCCAUGGGAGCGAACUACAGCAGUUACCUGGCCAAGGCUGACCAGAAGAGAGGCAAGAAGCAGACGGCACGCGAAAUGAAGAAGAAGAUUCUUGCCGAGAGACGCAAGCCACUCAACAUCGACCACCUCGGUGAAGACAAGCUGAGGGACAAGGCCAAGGAGCUCUGGGAGACCCUGUACCAGCUGGAGACCGACAAGUUUGAGUUUGGGGAGAAGCUGAAACGCCAGAAAUAUGAUAUCAUGAAUGUCCGGGCCAGAGUGCAGAUGCUGGCCAAGUUAUCACCACGCUCAGGAGCCGCAUCGACCAGGCCCAGAAGCACAGCAAGAAGGCUGGGUCCCCAGCCAAGGGCAAAGUCGGCGGGCGCUGGAAAUAGAGAGGCCAAAAAGGCCCCUCGAGGCAGAUACCCUCCGCCCUCUCGCACAUGGGAGUCGCUCGUGGGACUCGGCAUCCUCCAACCCCCACCAUCCCAGCAGGAGCUCCCUGACCAUCCUGGGGCUGGAGAGGCCACCCCAGAGCCCCACCUGAAUCUCUGUCCUUGCUGCCUCCAUCCCCCAGGGCCUGUGAAUAAAGCUGCAGACCCCCCUCCACCGCGUGCACUCGCUUCUGCAUGGGGGCCCCGGGGGACACGGGGGAGGUGAGGGGGCUGCCCAAGG